AAAGCAGCCAGUCGCCAAUCGGUCACCGUAUCAGGAGGUAGAGCAUAAUGUGUCAUAAUUUUCUUUUCAUGAAUUUGAGUGUAAAAUUGUUCUCUUUUUGUGAAAACGUACUAUUAUCGUUAAAAAGCAGUAUUGUGCAUUUGGAAAGCUGUUACAUUGAAAAAUACAACAUAGCAGAGGCUUUUUUGAGCCGCCCAAAUGUAAUUUGAAAUGAAACGUUUGCGUGUGGAUGAGACUGUGAAAGAAGGUAGUGAACCUCCAUUAUCAGGAAGUGGCAUCAGCCAAGGUGGAGCCCUCUAUCACCAAUCGCUACCCAACGUGGUAACAGGACCAUUGUCUUAUUCAAAUUCUCCCGGAAGUACAGUGAAAGUAGUAAGUGAAGGCAUGCAAUCAGGAUUGUAUCCACCGACUCCACCUGUCAGCUAUGGUCACCCGUUGCCUGCUGCUACCACUCCCCAUUCCCUAAAGCCACCAGCAAUGUCCAUCCCAGUUGGUGGACAUUCACAACUACGAACAGCAGGGGGUUCCCCCUCAGGCGCUGGAAUGCAGGAGUCAGCACAGCAGCAAUCACCGGGUACUACUAAUUUUCAAAGGUUAAAAGUCGAAGAUGCCUUAUCCUAUCUGGAUUUAGUAAAGUUCAAGUUUGGUGCUAAGCCUCAAGUUUAUAAUGACUUUUUAGACAUUAUGAAAGAAUUUAAAAGUCAAACUAUAGAUACGCCUGGAGUUAUUACAAGAGUAUCGAAUUUAUUUAAAGGAUUUCCAGAGUUGAUUGUUGGUUUUAAUACGUUUCUCCCGCCGGGAUAUAAAAUUGAAGUGCAGCGUAAUGAUCAAGGGUAUGCUUUUCAAGUCUCAGUGAGUAUGCCUAGUCCAACUGGUAGCAUAAAUUCAGGACCUCAGGAGCAUCGUUCUGCAAUGAUUCUUAAAGGUUCUGGAACUAUCAAUGUGUCUGGACAGCAACCCCCUUCUGGACAACCACUAUCUAUCACUCAGCAUAUGACUCCAGUUACGCCUCAAGCUCCCCAACAACCACAACAACAACCACCUAUUGUUCAUCACACCCCACCAUAUGGUGGUAAUGCUGCUCCACCUCUGUCUUAUGGGUCAUUAACACUAUCGGCUGCUCAAGCUGCAGUAACCCAUGCUCUUCAAGGACGUACAGAUACUCCACAAAACCAACCAGUGGAAUUCAAUCACGCUAUCACCUAUGUGAAUAAAAUUAAAAGUCGUUUCCAAGGUCAACCCGAAAAAUAUAAGAAGUUCUUGGAAAUACUACAUACGUAUCAAAAAGAACAACGCACAUUAAAGGAAUCAUCAAGCAUAGGUAGCAGUCUAAAACAUCUCACAGAACAAGAAGUCUAUAGUCAGGUAGCUAAACUUUUUGAAAAUCAAAGCGAUCUCUUAACAGAAUUUGGACAAUUUCUUCCUGAUGCCACCAGUCACAUAAGUCAGGUACCAGUUUCUGAACACUCCAACUCUGUGAAAAAACUUCCAGCCAAGCCAUACCACAGAGAUCAUAUGCCAGAACGACACGGAGUUCAUCAUAAACCAAGCCAUAUCUCAGGAAGCACUGUUAAGAGAUCUCCUCCAUAUUCCUCGUAUCAACACCGUGAUGCACCACCCCCAAAGAAGCACAAAAUUUCUCAAACAUGUCGAGAUGUGAGUUUAAGUGAGGCUGGAAAAUAUGGAACUCUAAACGAUUACGCAUUUUUUGAUAAGGUCCGAAAAGCUGUCCGUUCUCAAGAAGUUUACAACAACUUUUUACGUUGCCUCACACUCUUUAAUCAAGAAAUUGUUUCAAAGUCCGAACUUAUUCAAAUAGUUACACCCUUUCUUGGCAAAUUUCCCGAACUUCUUCGUUGGUUCCGUGAAUUUAUGGGCCAAAAUGAAAGUGAACCCGUACUAUUUAACGUAGCUAGAAACGAGCGUCCUCAAGGCGAUCAUGCCCUGGAAAUUGAUUUGGCAACUGCAAAGAGGCUUGGAGCUAGUUAUUGCAUCAUUCCAAAGGCACAAGAAGGAUUGAAAUGUUCCGGUAGGACGCAACUCUGCAAGGAAGUACUGAAUGAUCAGUGGGUGUCAUUUCCUACAUGGUCUGAAGAUAGUACUUUUGUUAGUUCACGCAAAACUCAGUAUGAGGAAUAUAUGUAUCGUUGUGAAGAUGAACGGUUUGAAUUGGAUGUUGUUAUUGAAGUAAAUGCUUCUACCAUCAGGGUUUUGGAAGGGAUCAACAAAAAGAUGGGCAGAAUGAACACUGACGAUCUUAACAAGUUCAAAUUAGAUGAUUGUUUGGGAGGUAACUCUCCCACACUGCAUCAAAGAGCAAUCAGAAGAAUAUAUGGGGAUAAAGCACAGGACAUAAUUGAUGGCUUGAAGCGAAAUCCUGCCGUAGCUGUGCCUGUGGUGCUGCGAAGACUUAAAGCUAAAGAAGAAGAAUGGCGAGAAGCACAAAAAGGCUUUAAUAAAGUUUGGAGGGAACAAAACGAAAAAUACUAUUUAAAGAGUCUUGACCACCAAGGCAUUAAUUUUAAACAGACUGACGUUAAGGCGUUGCGGUCAAAAAGUCUUUUUAAUGAGAUUGAAACCAUUUUUGACGAGAGGCAUGAACCUGAUGAUAAUACAAAUACAGAACCAAUUGUUGGUCCACAUUUAGUUUUGCAUUAUAAAGAUCGUACAAUACUAGAUGAUGCAACAAAUUUGCUUAUUCAUCACGUUAAACGUCAAACAGGCAUUCAGAAAGGAGAAAAAAGGAGAAUUAAGCGCUUAUUAAGUCAGUUUAUACCUGAUUUAUUCUUCCAUCCUAGACUUCAACUUAGCGAUGACGAAAGAGAAGAAGAAGAUGAUAAAGAAGGCUGUGAUGAUAGUCCAAAUAGUUCUCCUAAGUCCGAAAAAGAUGUUAAAAAAGAAGGUUGCAGUCCUGGUAAAUCACCUGCUAGGGGAGAUGCUAGUCCAGAUUUACUUGAAAUUGACAGCAAAGAAGAAGAUCAGAAAGUACCUUUGCAUGCACAGCACUGUGAUCCGGAUGAAGCAUACACAUUAUUUAUGGCCAACAACAACUUAUACAUUUUUCUCCGAUUACACGCCAUUCUUUGUGAGCGUUUGGCGAAAAUCUAUGAACGGGCUGUAAUCAUGGCAACUGAAGAAGCAAAGUCCCGUUCAAAUCGCAAAGAAAGUACAGCAAUAGCUUUAAGACUUAAACCUAAACCUCAAAUUGAAAUUGAAGAAUACUAUCCAGCUUUCCUCGACAUGGUGAAGAAUCUCCUUGAUGGCAACAUGGAAUCUAAUGCCUAUGAAGAUACGUUACGAGAAAUGUUCGGAAUUCACGCGUAUGUAGCCUUUACGUUAGACAAAGUUAUAUCCAACGCAGUGCGACAGUUACAACAUUGUGUUACCGAAAGGACAGCUCUUGCGUGUCAAGAAUUGUUUUUGAAGGAGUCUAAAAAGGGUGGAACAGGUGGACCAUGUGCCACGGCAUAUAAGAGGGUAUACCAGGAAAUGGCUUACCAACGAACAGCUGAAAAGGCAGUCCAAGAAGAAAAUUGUUUUAAAAUUUUUAUCUAUAAGGAAGACUGUAGAAUGACGAUUGAACUCCUAGAUACUGAUUCAGAUGACAUGAAGAAAGUUGAAGAUGGAAAAAAGUGGAGCGAUUACAAGGAACAUUAUGCCAAUAUUGUUGAUGAAGCAAAGCCUAGAUCACCUGUGUACUUGCAUCGAAAUCUCAGGCUGUAUCAGAGAAAAGUGGUGAAUUGUUCCAGUAAGAACAGGCGCCAAAUUAAAAAUCACCAAUCAAAUAGAGAUGACGAAUCACUUGGAGAGAAUAAAAAGACAGAUGGAAAAAGUUUCAAUAUUCUAGAUGCCAUCGAAAGAAAGCUUAAUGAAAGGACAGUACCUCUAAGAGAUCAUACACAUCAUCCUGGUUAUGAGGUUAAUGACGAAACAGAAUGUAAAUUUAAUGUUCAAGACUCGAAAAUUAUGUUCACCAUACAAAAAGAUAGUUAUCUAUACAACAUAAGUGCCUUCCACCGAGCAAGAAAGUCUCAUCCCCAGGUAACGAGAAAAAAAGCGGGUCGCUUCCGCUCGUGGCUGAAAGAAUGGACUAGCGAGCAUGUUAGUGACAUUCAAGUGAAGCAGUGUACAGAUUGGCUGAUGGGUAGAUGUGACGGCGUGGUACCCAACAGAACGCGCGUACUAACUGAUAACGAUCUAACUAGGACUCCAUAUGUAUCUUACAACAGGUAUCGUGUUGAACAUUUGAGCUCGGUCGAUACUUCAAGCGUUUGAAAAUCAAAAAUAUUUAAAAACGGGCGAUUUCCUAGAAUUUAAUAGUUUUCCAUAAUACUUGUCAACGAAUCAAUAAUUGAAUUACAUUUCAAUGUCUACUAGAUUAAAAAAUGUUUAUAUUUUAAAAUUUUGUAAUAUAUUUUUAAUAUUCAGGUUUUCUCCUUCUAACUUUUGUGUUAGAUUUUAUAUGUUGACUAGUUCCAUUAUUACAAUAAGAACUGGGCUGGCAAGGUUAAAAUCUAUUUUUAAAUGGAGUUACGAGAUCAAAUAAUCAAUAUUAGGUGGUUUAAACUUCAUAAGCCACAUCUAUUUCGUCACAAUAUUUUAUUCAACAAUUCUUCAUAUUUUAAUAAUCUAUAAUUCUAGCCGGGAUUAUUAUAACUGUUUCGUAAAUUAUUCGAAAUUUAAUUUUAUGUGAUCAUUGCUAUAAAACUAAUAAUUGAUACUGUCAAAUGGGGUCAACUAUUUUCUUUCUUUAUAAAAUUGCCAAUGGGUUUUAUCCACAUAACCUUUGUUUCUUGCAUCUAGUAGACAUACUGUUUAAUUACUAUUUUUAGUUUCAUUUAAAACAACGCACGUUUUAAAUGUUUUGUUACGAGAUAUUUUGAGAGAGGGCCAAUAUAAAUUAAAAUAUGUGGUGUCCUACAUAUUUAUUAGUUUUGUUUUCUUUAAUUCUAGGAACUGGCUCAGAUUUGCAAUAUUGUGUUAUUUUUUUAUAAUUGUUGUUUGUUACAAGACCUUAAUCCGGUUCCUUAUAAAGGCAUAUUUUGUAUGGUGUUGUGGCGGGGCUUUCAAUUCGUAAGUUUUAUAUUUUUGUCUCGUCACUUACAGGAUUUUUUAUGUAGGUGUUCAAAGCAAAAUAGUAUCUGAAUAUAAUGAUUUAAAUCCAAAGUACUUAACCAUUUAAUUCAUUAGACAAUAAAUAUUCUUUGUAUUUUUUUUAUCAUAAUAAAUAUUUUUCCAAAACCAAUUUUAGUUAAAAGUUCAUUUAUGUGAAUUGACAAUGGAAAAUGCUUCACUAAAUGUUCAAUAUGAUUUUUAUAUCAAAAUCUUGGUCUUCCAGUAAGUACUAAACUGUUAAUACUUUAACUGUUAUGUGAAAAUUAACAUAACUAUGACCGCUUUGAUCACUUACCACUUUUGUAAAAAAUCGUCCGAGCACCAUUGUUUAUUUUUUUUCGAAAUUUCUAAACAAAGUUCGAAAGUAUUUUAUUUAUUUAUUUUUUUUUUAAGAAGAAGCCCUCGCAGUGAUACUAUUUUUAUGUGUAUGUAACCUAUUAUUUAAGUCCAAAACUCAUUGUACUUGUUUGUUCAGAUUUUUUAAUUUUAAUUUAAUGCUGAGAUUUUUUUGAUCUUAGCAUGCAUGUAUGCAUCGGUCGAUCAGAUAUUAAAUUAAUAAAUGUACAUUAGUUGUUA